UGUCAGUUAAGAAUUUUCUUUAGAACCAGCAGGUUUUGCAUCCUGGUCCACGUUGAGUUCCAUAAAAUGGGGCAAUUUAACACUGCAAUAUACUUUCUUAUGCCAUUAGUUACCUCAGUAUAUUCUCAACAGAAUCAAUUUGUUCAAUUUUUUGCCACUGAGGGGUGUACAGGGGAGUUUGGAGUUCAGCAAAAUGAGACAGGUUACCAAGUUGUUGGAGCGGAUGUCACAUAUGCGUCAUUUAAACUUUAUGGAUUAUGGCGAGUACACCUAUGUCCAGCUGGUUGUGUGCCACCCUUUCCUUCCCCAAUCCUUGAGAACUCAAUGAAUGGAAUCUGCACAAAUCAAGAAUUCCCUAGCCUAAGCGUUAUUCAAUUGACCAGGUUUGGGAAUGACGAUCAGUCGGCAAAAUCAAUUUCAUUUUUCACUUCUACAGAGCUAACUGGAGACGAAAUUGCUUACACUGGGGAUCUUUCAGGGAUCAACAGAAACUAUAAUUCAUACUUCUUUACAGGCGCAAAUAGAUGGACCCUUUUUGAAGGAGGUAAUUUCAAUGGUACAUCCAAAUGUGUUUCUCCAAGCGAGGAUGUGGUAACCAAUGGGUUUGGAGCGACAUAUGUAGGGAACGAAAUCGGAGUAUUGGGCAGUAUUAGAGAGGGUUGUGAGGAGCAGUCGACUGCCACAACUACGCAGGCAACCACAACAACCAUGGCAACUACUACAAUGCCAACCACUACAACCAUAGAUACAACUACAGCAACCAUGCCAACUACUACAAUUCCAACCACUACUACCAUAGGUACAACUACGACAGGGGCACCGAUUCCACCGCAAUAUGUUACGCUUUAUGCUGACGAGAACUGCGAGGGAGCUGCUGUUCAAGUGACUAGUUCAGGGGCACCAAUGUUUCCGAUGGCCCAUUUGUCUUUCGAAGCAUUUGGACUAUGGCGACUCCAUCCUUGUGCCGGUGUUGAUUGCACCAAUGCACCUCUUCAGGCACCCACCCUUGGCCAAAGCCCUGUUUGUGUGAAUCGUAUACUUCCAGCCAACAACAUGAUUGCUAUUACUCGAUUUGGGGAUCCAGAACAAACUAGAAAAUUCGUUGUGUUUUACUCGACCCCAGAGUUGAAUGGGACAAUGGUCACAUAUGCUCAAGACACAGAAGUCGUAGAUUUUGAGUAUGGAUCAUACUUUUUUAAUGGAGACCAUAGUUGGACCAUUUUCGAAGAGAAUAGUUACCAGGGCAGCUCAGUCUGUAUUACACCAGAUGAAGAGGUUAGCAAUCGCGGUUACGGAUUGACGUACGAAGCUAAUCUCGUAGGCAAAAUAGGAAGUAUUCGGGAGGGAUGUGAAGCUACCACGGGAUCACCACAAACUACGGUGGUCCCAACCACAACGACAGGAGCCCCUAUAGUAAAUCAGAAUGUAAUUUUAUAUACCGAUGCAGGAUGUCAAGGAGAAUCAGUAACUUUGACGGGGUCUGGUGGACCAACGUUUCCAACGAGCUAUUCCUCAUUUGCCGCAUUUGGGCUCUGGCGGUUAUAUUCAUGCCCAGGUGCAGAUUGUUCCGCAGUACAAGCACCAGCACCAACGUAUGCAUAUGAAGCUGUCUGCGUUGAUCGCUCCUUGCCCUCCGGAAACAUGAUUGCCGUUUCAAGAUUUGGAGACCCAGACCAAAUAUCAAAAGUCAUAACUUUUUAUUCCACUCCAGAAUUAAGUGGGGCAGUUGUCAGCAUACGGGCAGAUAACGAAGCUGUGAAUUUUGAGUACAGAUCCUACUUCUAUACUGGCCGUCAUAGUUGGACCGUCUUUGAGGGUCCAAAUUACACUGGGGAAUCUACCUGUCUUGUUCCAGAGCAAAUGGUUGAUGACAGAGGAUACGGAGUAAGUUAUGUCGCCAAUGAGGUAGGCACUGUUGGCAGCAUAAGAGAAGGUUGCACUUUUGUGACGGGAUCAACCACCACAAUAACUACAACAGCCCCAACAACAACAACCCUAACAACAACCACAACUCCGAUACCAACAACUUCGACCAUCUCUACAACAACAUUAGUCACUACAUCGGCAUCAACAGUUUCUUCUUCAACCACAACAACAACCGAUACAAUUACCUCUACAACUGAGCCAACAACAAUUUCGACUAACACCACAACUACUAAUGCAACCAUCCCGACCUCAACUUCAACAAUGCGAACAACGCCAAGAACUAUCCCAACGACAACUGGUGAACCAACCACAGUUGAGGCAUCAACACCUGAUAGUGCAGCAUUUUACGUUGCCAAUGUUUGGCUGGUGUUAUUAUGUUUGCCAUUGUAUUUGUAAAAAACAUUCAAAUUUUGUAAAAAUCCUUGAAUUGGCUUGCAGAUUAAAAUUACAAUGGUGCCCGAAAUUUGUUUAUUUGGGAAAAAUUAUCCUAACAUGAUUUAAAUGAACUUUGGAAACAAUACACAUGUUUAACUAAGAAAUGCCCAACUGUCAAACUAAAUGUUUUAAUUAGUACAUAAUAUUUAUUACAAUUUCGCUGGUACCAAUCAGUAUUUCGGUAUUAAAUUGGUAAUGUGAGUACCGAGGGUGUUCUAUGUAAAA